AUGGCAGAGGCAUCAAGGAGGCCAAAAAGGAAGAUCAAAUGGAGCAAACUAUAUACAUUUUCAUGCAUGCGACCCAGUACAGGUGAUCUUGAUCUUUUUGGACGGUCAGGAUUUUCCCGGGUGGUUUUCUGCAAUGAACCUCAGCUUCACAAAAUCAAGCCACACAAAUACCCCAACAAUUACAUAUCCACAACCAAGUAUAAUGUUGUGACUUUCCUUCCCAGAGCACUUUUUGAGCAAUUUCGAAGAGUUGCAAACUUUUAUUUUCUCUUGGCUGCGGUGUUGUCUGUCACAUCUUUGGCUCCUUUUUCUCCAGUUAGCUUGAUUGCUCCCCUGCUGUUUGUUGUUGGGAUUAGCAUGCUCAAAGAGGCUGUUGAGGAUUGGCAUAGAUUUUUGCAG